GUGCUUGCUCGUGCUUAGCUCCUAGAGCCUAUAGUCAAAGGAGGAGAAAGAGUCCUAUAGGGAAGGGGCAAAAAUCACUUAAGUUAGACCAAGACGGUGCAACGACCAAAUGCUGAACGACCCUCAGUCUUGAUUAAUGCAUUACUUUUUGUUCUUGGGACGGAUCCAUUUCGAUGAGAAAAAAAAGCAAAAGAGGAGAAAAGUUGUUGGAGGAUGAUGACAAUGAAUGUAGCGCACUCUCUCAGACUGUAAACAUUCAGUCCCUGUCAUUUGUGAGAACUGUCACUAUUCAGAUCUCAGCGCGAAGGAAAGAAGACGUGACAGAAACCUGAACUGGUUUUGUUAGCAGUCCUGUUCCCCCCCACGCUUGGAAUUGUUUCUUGAAAAGGCUCUUUAAUUUCGUCCCUCCCGUUUACUUCAUCUCCCGCUCUGUGUGUGUGUGUGUGUGUGUGUGUGUGUGUGUUUGUGUGCGCGACCGCGCGCGGACUCUUCGUCUCCUCUGGUGCUUGGCGGCACGCGGACAGCGAGAGGAAACACACACACGGGUGUUCGUGGAGGAGGAGGAGAGGGGGCCUUUAGUUUUAAGGGGGAUUCUUCAUGUUCGGGAUCCCAGAGAGUGUGCAGCGCGGCGGUAGCACUCUGAAGCAGGAGCCGCUGGGAGCCGGGAUGAACGCCGUGAGGACGUGGAUGCAGAGCGCCGGCGUGCUGGAUGCUAACACCGCCGCGCAGAGUGGAGUGGGUUUGGCCCGCGCGCACUUUGAGAAACAGCCGCCAUCCAACCUGCGAAAAUCCAACUUCUUCCACUUCGUGUUGGCUCUUUAUGACCGGCAGGGGCAGCCCGUAGAGAUCGAGAGAACAUCAUUUGUCGGAUUCGUGGAAAAAGAAAAGGAGUCGACAGGAGAAAAGACGAACAAUGGGAUCCAUUACAGACUUCAGCUUCUCUACAGUAACGGCAUUAGGACGGAGCAGGAUUUUUACGUGCGCCUCAUUGAUUCAAUGACCAAACAGGCAAUCAUCUAUGAAGGUCAGGACAAGAACCCUGAGAUGUGUCGUGUGCUACUGACCCAUGAAAUCAUGUGCAGUCGAUGUUGUGACAAAAAAAGCUGUGGCAACCGAAAUGAGACCCCCUCUGACCCUGUGAUCAUUGACAGGUUCUUCCUAAAGUUUUUCCUGAAAUGUAACCAGAACUGUUUGAAGAAUGCUGGUAACCCACGAGACAUGCGGCGCUUUCAGGUGGUGGUGUCGACCACGGUGAGUGUAGAAGGACAUGUUCUCGCUGUAUCCGACAACAUGUUUGUGCACAAUAACUCUAAACAUGGAAGAAGAGCACGGAGACUGGACCCUACAGAGGGAACACCCUCAUAUCUGGAACACGCAGCACCUUGUAUCAAAGCCAUUAGUCCUAGUGAAGGCUGGACUACUGGAGGCGCUACAGUCAUAAUCAUUGGGGACAAUUUCUUCGAUGGAUUGCAGGUUAUUUUUGGCACCAUGCUGGUUUGGAGUGAGCUCAUCACACCUCAUGCAAUCAGAGUUCAGACGCCUCCUCGGCACAUUCCUGGUGUUGUGGAGGUUACGCUCUCCUACAAGUCAAAACAGUUCUGCAAAGGGACACCAGGCAGAUUUAUUUACACAGCUUUAAAUGAGCCCACCAUUGAUUAUGGGUUCCAACGGCUACAGAAGGUCAUUCCUCGACAUCCUGGAGACCCGGAGCGCUUGCCAAAGGAAGUGAUUUUGAAGAGAGCAGCAGAUCUGGUGGAGGCGUUAUAUGGAAUGCCUCAUAACAACCAGGAGAUCAUAUUGAAGCGGGCUGCUGAUAUAGCCGAGGCUCUCUACAAUGUACCACGUACCCACAAUCAACUAACAGGGCUCACCAACAGCUCUGUCCAUGCCAGCAUGAUGGGGGUUAACUCCUUUACUGGACAAAUCACUGUUAAUGUGUCUGAGUCCGCACAAGGAGGCAGUCAGGGCUUUAAUCGAAACACAAGCAGCGUGUCUCCUCAUAGUUAUGUGCCGAGUUCCACACCACAGCAGAGCAGCUACAGCACUGUGGCCACUAGCAUGAAUGGCUAUGGCAGCACAGCCAUGAGCAACCUAAGCGGCUCACCCAACUUUCUUAAUGGUUCAGCCGCCAACUCUCCUUAUGCUAUUGUUCCUUCCAGUCCCACCAUGGCCUCUUCCACCAGUUUGCCAUCCAACUGCAGCAGCUCCUCUGGAAUUUUCUCCUUCUCUCCAGCAAACAUGGUGUCAGCAGUGAAGCAGAAGAGCGCAUUUGCUCCUGUGGUGCGGCCUCAGAACUCUCCUCCACCCACAUGCACUAGCAACAAUGCUAAUGGACUCCAAGAUCAGUCUUUUGUGGACUCUAACAAGUACUCCACUGCCAGUGCACUCCAGGGCUUGGCGUUCUCCUGAACAACAGCAGUAGCAAUCCCUGGAAUGAUUGUUCCUCCUAUGUAGUGUGUGUGUGUGUGUGUGUGUGUGUGUGUGUGUGUGGGAGAGAGAGAGUUGAAAAAAAGCCCAGGACAUAUGCUUUUAUGGCACUGGUAUCCCUCUGUGUGUAAAGAAGACUCCGGUUGUUGACUGACCCUGCAGUCGCUCUCUGAAGGAUUAAACUUAAAACUCAGGCCCUUUUAAAAAAAAAAAAUUAGAAUUACCUUUGAAAUGAUUGAAUGAAAAACACAACCUGAAAUUUUGGAUUUUGGUUUGACAUCUGAUUUCUAUGCUUUUGUAGAAGGAAAAUGAAAUGUAAGACACAAAGGAUGGCCUACAAUGUUUUCUAUUUAUGGGUUUGUAUGGUAAAUGAAGGAUAAUUGAGUAUAGGCUAUAUAAAAAUAUCUUGUUGAACAUGGAACAUUUAUUCAAAGUCAUCAUUGCCUUGAACGAAACUGAUCAGAAAACAGAAUUAACAAAUAGAGAGACAAAGACAAAGAUGAAUUGCACUGAUUUUCCAAAACCUUUACAAUGUUUUUCAUAGGAAUCAGGGUCACAAAAUGCAAAGCUUUUUUUUUAUUGCACCAUAUCAAGAAAUCUGCAUGUGAAAAUCAAACCAGACUAGUUUUCAAAACUGUGAAUUGUGUUAUAGAUUAUUACAAAUGUAAAUGGAGCAUUUUUGUUCCAUCAUUACAAGGCCCUAUAUUUCAGUGGCCCAUUGUGUUCAAGCAACCAGCAGUUUGAGUUAAGAGGAAUUCUCAAGAUAUAGAGAAGAUAACAGUAAGUUCCAGAGAAACAAGAAAUCAUAGCAGUGAAAAUAUAUGAAAUUCACACCAAUAAUUGCAUUUCAAUUGUGAACAUGCAGAGUGAAAAAUAAAAAAAAAAUGAUUAAAAAAUUUAAAUGCUGAAUUUAUGUAAUACGAACAUUUUAUUCCAUUUUGUGUAAAAUUGUAUUUACACCUGUGAAAAUCAUGCCACACUAAUGAUUCACCGCUGAGAGAACAUUAAUCAUGACAUGUUUUUAAAGUAAAUUGAAGCACUACGGGUACAACAGUUAGGAAACUAUAAAAUGUGUUACUUUGGAGGUAAACUCAAAAAUUAAACUCAAACUUCUUACAACUAUACCUCAGCUUUAAGGCUGUGACUGGAAACUGAUUGUCUUUGAGUGUGGCACUGAUCCUGCAUAUGGAUGAAAGUACAAUACAGUCCACUUACUUUACAGCUUCAGUGUUGAGUUGGUUGGUUUUUAUUAAAGAUUUCAAGGUUUUGUUUUCUAAAAAAUGAAAAGCAAUAACAUUUGUGUGCUGCAUAGAUUUCAUGUUUUUUUCACUGUUGUGAUUGCGUUUUAAUCUAGAAUGGACUGUUCCCCACAGCUCUCUAAAGAUUUAUAGAAUUGUGUCCUUUUUAAAUGAACACUAUUAUAAUUAUAACACAAUGUUUAAAUAAUGUCAACUUCACAUUUACAGCUUUAAAUUCCCCAGAAAUUGCAAAUCAGCAUCAAACAUUAAAAACAAAAACUGACUAUGCGUCAGUGAUCAAACCCCAAAUGCAAUACGUUUAUUAUCAAAACAAAUGCAGUUGCCAAGCUAGAUUCUCCACUCUGCUUUGCACUCCAUGUUUGUUUUAACUGCCAUGGCCUCUUUCUUUAAUACAUGAUCAUAGAAAAACAAAAUGAGAUCAAGAAAAAAAAAAGGAAAUGCUAACUGCACAUAAUUACUAUUUACUUUACAAAAAAACACCAAUAAAACACUUUAUAAUACCCAAAGCCAAAAUGCACAGCCCAGAGGGACACAUACCCUUCAAAUGUUUAAAUUGUUUGUUGCCACCAUUUACAAAAAGUUUAUGAAGGAAUGUGCUUUUUGUUGUUUUGCCAAUUCAGAUUGAAAUAUUGUUUGAUUUUGUUUUUGUGCAGAAACUGUGAUAAUAUUUGUUUUGUUUUUUUAUAUAUAAUCGUAGAGUCCAUUAUACCCUGAGUAUAGCAAAGGAUGUGAGAAUGUGAGGGGAAAGUUUAGCGUUAGUGUUAAUGUUGGACCUACGCUGUUUCUAAUUAGCACAGGUAUUUACCUGACUGGCCUAUUAAUAAAUCAGAGGGGAGUGAUGAAUUAUUGAGAAUUUGGAAAAGAGCAGCUUGAGCACUGUGAAAGUAACAGGCCCCUCUUACUAAUCAAUGGAUAUCACCAUUAAUGAUUGCUAUAUUUUUGUUGUUUUUUAACGUCUUUGUACAAAUUUAAAAGUAUGCAAAUUUGUUUUGCUAGAUUUUCUCUUUUACUUUGCCAAAGUUAUUGUUUGAAAUAUAUUUAUACAUCAGAAAGAAGGCAGCUUUAUACAACUACUAUCACCUAUACAUCUGAUCUCAUGGAACACCAAGAUUUUUAUCUAAAUGAAUUAUGUAAAAUACCCAUCUAGCAUAAUAUAUGUAUCUCCUUAAUUUUGUACAUUGCUCUUAUUAAUUGAAUUUUAUUCAUUCAUUUAUUUGUUAUGCUAUGAUGUGCAAUUUUUUGUAGUUGUCUUCAUUUUUGUCCACAUUGUGUUGUCAUGUCCUACAGCAGUUUCAUGUUUAGGAUUACACCUGUAUUGUUAAUUCAAUCACAUGAGGCCAAGGGUUUAUUUUUAUACCAUUUGUAAGUUAAUUAAAUUUUGUCUUACUUUUUACUUUCGAUUUUUGUAUCAUGUGGCAAAAUUUGCGAAAUAUUCAAUUCUUGGACCUUAUUCACUCAGUGUAUUGCCUGAAUUUAAAUGUGUAUCCUUUAUUUUGCUUUGCUUUACACUUCUGAGGUUGUGUUUUAUGCACAUCAUGUAUGAUAUUAUUAUCUUUUGAAUUAUUCAUGUCCACAUUCAAAGUUUCUCACAUCCACCAGCAGUUCAAAUGCCUUAACAAUGCAGAUGCUCACCUCCAGUGCAUUGCUGAUAAUUUUGCUGGCUAGGUUGUCAAAAAGUGAAAAUGUGACUUGGCAAGGAUUUGAUCAAAACAGCACAAUAUCACAUACAAAUCUCGUAUGAGUUUUUAAAAUAGCUGAACUGCCGUUUUCUUCACAUUCAGUACUCUCAGAGUGAUGCGAUCUUCUGAGCCAGUUUCUUUCCAGUAAACCUGGCAAGGGUUUUACUAUUUAUUUAUUUAUUUUAUUAACCACUUUCAAGGACAUAACAUUCAGUCUUCUCCAUGGAGGAAGAUUACUUUUUAAUUGAUACACAAAACCAAAUUCUACUUAUUUUUAAUAUUUUGUUCCCACAACUUGUUAGAAACGGGACACUACAUGUGUGUGGUUAUAUAUUGCUGGGGAGGGAAAUGAUAUAAAAUUAAAGCUACUGUAAAAAACGAUCAUUUUCUAAUUAAACUUUGAACUGUAAGAUAACUUUUCAACUUUCACAAUAUUUAAUUAAAGUUCCUUCUUGUCUGUG